GAGGAUUAGUCCCUAAUAAAGCAGAUAAGGUAUGUGUAAACAUAAAGAAAGCAAGCAUAGAAGUUUAAGACGAAAAGGAGGGAAACCAAUCAAAUAAUUGAAUAUGGAAAAAGGUUCAGAAAGUAAAAAGCUUUUACAAACGACAAGAAAAGAAUGAUUUUGGCUUCAAAAAAAAAAGAUAGUACAUAAUUCUCUUCAUUUUCCAUCCAAUUUCUUCCCAACAUAUCAAGAGACUUAUCACCUUUGUUUUUUUUUGUUCUUCGCUAGCUGAUCAUCAGAAUGAAAUUGGAGAUACUCUCCGGACAAUCUCACUUGCCAUAUCCAUGGAUGUUUCUUCUGAUCUGUCUUCUUCAUGUUUUCAUCCUUUCGGCCGAUGGAAUUUAUGCAGAGACACCCACUAACGACAAGAGGAAUUGUACCUACAGUGUGACAAUAGAAACAAGUUGUACAAAGGGAGCAGAAACCUCAGGCCAUGUCAGCCUGAGAUUUGGGGAUGUCAAAUCCAAUGUCGACAUUUUAGUGCGUCAUCUGAACUCCAAACACGUAAGGUGGGUUGACCCGUUGGAGCCCCAAGUACUGGACGAUGUGCCCCGGAAGCCGUUUCAAGCUUGUGUCGUGGAUCAAUUCCAAGUCACAGGUCCUUGUGUCGAAUCCCAAAUCUGCUACCUUUACCUCAAACUGAGUGGAAAAGAUGAUGAUGAUGAUUGGAGACCCGGUUUUGCUCAGGUUCAAGUCCUCGAGGAGCCCCGGUUGAGCUCGGGUUUUUUCUAUUUCCGGAGGUAUUUGCCCCGUGACGUCUGGUACGGGUCGGAUCUCUGUGACAAAGAGGUCACCCCAUUUGGAGUCAAGCACACCAGAAAAGUCUUUCCCAAUAAAUCAUCAGAAAUACUAUAAAAUUUGUGACCUUUGUUACAAUAAUUUCUGUUUAAUUCCUUUUGUAAUUUAAACUUUGAAGUAAAAACCUACGAUGAUAAUUUCAUUGCAUUCAAAUGUUGGUUUAUAAGGUCUAAAUUUCAGGCCGAUUCCAAAAUAGUAUAACUGUUUUAAAAAAAUAGUCCAC